AUGACUACUGCCUAUUGCGAUAAUGUCAAUAAUGCCAAAAUAAUUAAAGAAAACAGGGCAUCAUCAAUCACAAAAGGAGGCUCAAACAAUAAAGAUUUGCAUCCAAUAGUGACUAAGCUGAAUGGAAAGAGCCUAGUUAGAAGUAAGCCGCCAGUUUCUAGGAACAAAAAAAAAAAAAUUUCGACUUCGCUUAGCCCUUCCAUCUUCAUGCGUAGAGAUGAUCCGUUGCUAUGGAUAUUGUCCGUCUAUCUAAAUCAAAAUCGGCCACUACCACCUUUAAAACCAAUCAAGUUGCGUCAAGAUCCCACUGAUCCUCCUCCUCCUAUUUACUUUCGGCAAGAGCCGACAUCGCCACCUCCAUCGCCUUCACAAGAAAUACCUAUCUACUUUAGACAAGAUAAUACCCCACCACCACCAUCGCAACAAGUACCCAUAUACUUUCGUCAAGAUGACUCAUCUCCAGCUCUUCCAUCUCCUGCAUUGUCACCCUUAUACUUUAAUAGACCAAAUCUACCUUCACCUUACGAGACUACGUUAUUGACGCCAAAUGAAUUCCCUAUACCCCUUUCGCGUGAAUAUUAUUCGAACUUGCCCUUGCUAUGGUACCUUUCGGCUAGAUUUCGUCAAGAAUUUGCAUUAUCCUUCCUCUCUCAGCAUUCACAACGAAAGGUACCUUCCCGAUUGGUAGACAAGAUAAUGAAGGUUACCUCGCGACUUAUAAGAAACGAGGAGUCGAGACGACCAAUCCGAAGCAUCAAUCAUGUGCAAUUGCUAGGAAAUGUUGGAAAUGAUCCCGUUAAGGUGGAUGAUAAAAGUGUCAGAUUCUCUGUUGCCACGAAUAGGUCAUGGUUUGUUAAAAAUGAAGACUCAGGACACUUGACAACUAAAACGGAAUGGCAUAGCAUCUUCGCUUACAAGCCUGCGUUACAGAAUUAUAUCAUGCAAACAGUAACGAAGGGGCAACGGGUCUUACUUAAUGGUAGAUUAUCAUAUGGGAGAUUUGUAGAUAGUGAAGGUAGACCGAGGUCUUCCGCAUAUAUAGUUUUAGAUGACCUCAUAGCUUUAUCCUUCCCUAAAGCCGAAAACGAAAUCGAAGAAAUAGCCGAGGAAGAUUCAUACGAAGCUUAG